ACCAAUUGGUUAAAAUUAUACCUGGGUUAAGGCCAUGGCCCAUGGAAGGUUUUAAAUGUAGAACAAGCAAUGAAUCAGAUAACAUGUGGUGGGGAGUGCUGUCCUCUUGAUUCAUACAUCAAGCAUUGGAAUAAGGAUGUCAAGGUGAAAAGGCUUUCAGGAGACGGCAGCUGCAAAAUACGUGUAACGUGAUCUCAGCCUCUUUCUAUGUAUGCGACUCUCUGGACGGAGGACGUUUGUCCCCCUUCCUCUGCUAAAUGUGAUAAAUAUCUAGUCCUGGAGCCCAAACGAAAAAUUCUCGAACCCAUAAGAGAGACUGAACCCUAGGAAGGAAAGUAGAGAGAAACAAGAUUACGGAAGGGCCGGGAAAAUGGAAGAUCUACUAGGAGCUGAAAGCCUGGAGCAUUCCAUGAACCUCACUCCAAAAGGAGGCUCCAAAGAGGUAGAUGAUCGCGAAGAGGAAGAUGGUAAGAAAGAAAAUGAAGCUAAAGGAGGAGAAGAGAGGGCAAGUGGAUUUAUAAACCAUCUUCUCUCUAACUUGGUGUCUGGAGGGAAAGGUCAAGAAGAAAAAACAGGUGAAAAAGAUGAUGAAGAGAAGAGAGGCAUCGUGAGUGAGGAGGGUGUUGAUCAUGAUGAUAAGGGAGGUGGGUUUAUAAGCCAUCUUAUCUCCAACUUGGUCUCUUCCCAUAGUCCGAAAGCAGGGAAAGAUAGUAAACAAAAGGUGGAAGCUUUCGAAGGUGACAAUGGGGGCUCUAAAGCAGAGGAAGAUGCAGGUAGUGAUAGUAAUGGUGUAGGGCUACAGAAAGGGAAGUCAAAAGAGGAGAGUGGUGGUGGAGGAAUCAUCGAAAACCUAGUCUCCCACUUGCCUGCUCCACUUAAAGAUGAUGUGGCUCCCACGCCGGUGGAGGCCUCCUUACUAAUUCACUCCAUCAUUCAUGACUGAGAAGCACACACCUGGCAUUGUUAUCUCUAUUGCUCCUACUUAGCUAGGGCAAACUAUACAUGUAUCAGGCUUUGCCUAUUCUUUGAUUAAUAUGAUUUAUUUACUUAUAAAAAAAAAAAAUCACACACCUGGCAUUGAUUUUUAGGAUUGCUCAUUUAGAAACGCUAGACUGCCAUUCGAUGUAUUUCAUCUUUCAUUUUCUUUUGUUUGUAUUUUUUUCCCUCUCAUUUGUUAAGAUAGUCUUUUGGAGUUGUGAAAGAUCUUUUCCCUAAUCUGUUGUCCUUGCCAUUGGCGCUUGAGUCUUUUAGUUUGCUCUUAUCGGAAAAGCAGUUUGGCCCACUUUUUUUUUUUUUUUUUUUAAGCA